CCAGGAUCCAGCUGUCCCUCCAUGAGGAGUGACCAGUCCAAACGAAACAAUCCAUUCUUCAGAACUGAACCUGGACCAUCAGAACCAGAGGUGAACCCCAGCUCUCACCUGAUUACUGCUGAACAUCGGCACCAGUCCCUCCAUGACCCUGCAGAGAUAAGAAGUGAUAGACAAUGGAUGGAUGGAUGGAUGGAGGGAAGAUAUUCCUGGAUGGAGGGAGAGGAGCAGCUGUGCUCCAGGAGAUGUUGGUCUGCAGAAGGUCGUACAGGAACAUAAGAUCAGUCUGAGGAUGAGAUGUGAAUGGAUGACUGAAGGAGGUGAUGAAACAGGAAGUGAUUACACAGGAAGUAGAACCCUCCUCAACAGGAUCUACACUGAUCUCUACAUCACAGAGGGACAGAGUGAAGAUGUUAACACCCAGCAUGAGGUGAAGCAGCUGGAGAGAGCUUCCAGGAUCCAGAAGCAUCAUGACUCUGCAAUUAGGUGCCAUGACAUCUUUAAAGCCUUCCCUGACCAAGAUGGAGUCAUCAGAGUGGUUCUGACCUGUGGUGUCGCUGGUGUUGGAAAAACCUUCUCAGUGCAGAAGUUCACUCUGGACUGGGCUGAGGGCUUGGAGAACCAAGAUGUCAGUGUGGUGGUUCUACUUUCGUUCAGGGAGCUGAACUUGAUCAGAGAUGAGCAGCACAGUCUUCUCACGUUGCUCCAUGUUUUCCAUCCAACACUCCAGAAGUUCCCAGCAGAGCAGCUGGCUAAAUGCAAACUGCUCUUCAUCUUUGAUGGUCUGGAUGAAAGCAGACUUUCACUGGACUUCAACAACAGUCAGCUGGUUUCUGACGUCACUCAGAAGUCAUCAGUCGACGUUCUGCUGACAAACCUCAUCAAGGGGAACCUGCUUCCCUUGGCUCUCAUCUGGAUAACUACCAGACCUGCAGCAGCCAAUCAGAUCCCUCCUUCAUGUGUUUCCAGAGUAACAGAAAUACGAGGCUUUACCAACGCCCAGAAGGAGGAGUACUUCAGGAGGAGGUUCAGUGAUGAAGAGCUGUUCAGCAGAAUCAUCUCCCACAUCAAGAAAUCAAAAAGUCUCCACAUCAUGUGUGGAAUCCCAGUCUUCUGCUGGAUCACUGCUACAGUUCUGGAGAUUAUGUUGACCUCAGAGCAGAGAGGAGAGCUGCCCAAGACCAUGACUGACAUGUACUCACACUUCCUGCUGGUCCUGACAAAGAGAAAAAAGAACAAGUACCAUGGAGGACAUGAGAGAAGUCCACAGGAGCUGAUGGAGGCUGACAGGGAAGAUCUUCUGAAGCUGGGGAGGCAGGCGUUUGAACAUCUGGAGAAAGGAAACAUCAUGUUCUACCAAGAAGACCUGGAGCAGUGUGGUCUGGAUGUCACAGAGGCCUCGGUGUACUCAGGAGUUUGUACAGAGAUCUGCAAAAGAGAGAGUGUGAUCUUUCAGAAACCAGUCUACUGCUUUCUUCAUUUGAGCAUCCAGGAGUUUCUGGCUGCCAUCUACAUGCUCCACUGCUUCACCAGCAGGAGGUCAGAGGUCAUCAAAAUGUUUCUGGUAGAAAAAUACAAUGAAACAUCUCUAGAUGACUUCAUGAAGAAAGUCAUGGAGAAAUCCCUCAGCAGUGAAAAUGGCCACCUGGACCUGUUUGUCCGCUUCCUUCAUGGUGUCACUGUGGAGUCCAACCAGAGACUCUUAGAAGAUUUGCUGGGUCAGACAGAGAACAGUCCAGAUAUCAUCCAGAGAAUCAUCACCAACCUGAAGGAGAUGAACACUGAUAGAAUCUCUCCUGACAGAAGCAUCAACAUCUUCUACUGUCUGGAGGAGAUGAACGAUGUCUCAUUUUAUCAGGAGAUUCAACAGCUGCUGGAUUCAAGAAAGAAGCUCUCAGUGAGUGACUGUUCAGCUCUGGCCUUCAUGCUGCAGAUGUCAGAGGUUCUGAAUGAGUUGGACCUGGAGAAGUACAACACAUCAAGGGAUGGACGACAUAGACUGGUUCCAGCUGUGAGGAACUACAGAAAGGCUCGACUUGGUGGCUGUUGGCUUGAUAAGGCUGAAUGUGAAGUUGUGGUCUCAGCUUUGAAGUCCAACCCAGAGCUGACUGAACUGGAAAUAAGUCGAAUUGUCAUAGAUGAAGGUAGAGACUCUGAUAUGAAGAAUGUGUCUGAGAUCCUGGAGAGUUCAGUCAGUAAAGUGAAGAAACUGAGAUUGAAGAGCUGCAGGUUGUCAGAGACCAGCUGGAUGUCCCUGUUCUCAGCUCUGAAGUCCAACCCGACCCAUCUGACAGAACUGGAACUGAGCUACACCAACCUGGAAGGUUGUGGAGUGAAGGAGCUCUGUGGUUUUCUACAGACUGAAGGCUGCAGACUGGAGAGAUUUCUGUUUUUCAGAUGCGGGUUGUCAAAGAUCAGCUGUGAUUUUCUGGCCUCAGCUUUGAAGUCCAACAGCCUCCAUCUGACACAACUGAACCUGGAUGGAAACAACCUGGAGGAUUCAGAUUUUCAGCAGCUGAACUGUUUUGUAAAGACUUUACAGUUGUACUGAUGAUCUCUGUAAAGUAGAGAACGGUCUCUGUGUCUUGCUGAUCCUCAGAGGUUGAAGCUGCAGCAGUUUGAGUCUAAAAAGACUGACUGGAUCCUGAUGAUGACCUCUGACCUCCAAGAUUUUCCUCCUGUUUAUUUUCUCGUGUCUGUCAUUUAGUGUCUGAUAUUGUUUGUCUAUGUGGAACAAUAAAGAUCCUAUUCAAACUGGGCUCCAUUUAGAGUAGCGGUUCUCAAUGUGGAUGGUACCGCCCCCCAGGGGGCGUUCAGAGGACGGCAGGGGGCGCUGGUGGACAUUUUUACAAAAGGGGGGCGCUGGGAUGCCUUUG